GCUGCCACACUGUAAAUGAUGGCGUCUUUCGCAUGGGGGAGCACUCUCUAGAGGCGGAACUUCCUGUGGACUGUUGUAAAAAUGGUUUCGUCCGUGCGAGGGAAGAUAGGAGUGAGUACACGGUGCUGGCUUUUACAAGCGGCAAAAAAAUGAACGAAGUCGAAGUUUUCGUUGGAAACCACACAACGAUAGACCCAGAAAUAUAUGAAUUAUGGUUGAAAGGAUAUUCUGCCAAUGAAGCUGCUGGUAUUCUUCAAAAACAGGAGUCAUUGCAGCCAUUUCAGGCAACUUUAGAGGAUCUGCUUAGUGAUGUACAAGAUCACUUUCACCUCUUCAAUGGCCUUGAAAAUAUGCUGAAAUCACCACCAAGACUGCAGAACCAACAAGUGUACCAAAUUGAUGAAGCCACACAAGCAAUGCUGAUUGAAAAGUAUUAUAGUUUUGAUGCAUCUGUGAUCAGAGAGGUUUUGGGCAGAAAGCUAACAUCUCGAAGUCGGAAAGAUCUUGAUGAUAUUAGUGAACUCACAUGCAUUCCUUUGAGAAGCUGUAGAAGACAGUUUGACAAUGUGAAGCGAGUAUUCAAGACUGUUGAAGAACUGAAAGGGUAUCUUGUGGACAAUAUUUGCACUCACUUCAGAAUGCCAGAGGCAUUGGCACGAGACUAUGCAGCUGUGGUAUUUAUUGCAAACAACAGAUUUGAAACAGGAAAGAAAAAAUUAAACUACCUUCACUUCAGGGACUUUGUUGCCUGUGCUACUCACAUGAUUACCAACUGGUCUUACAGUUCUGUUGUGUGCACAAACCAUGAAGACAUGGAUGUUGAUCUAGAUCGCAACUUCUUGCAGCUGCUUCGUGAACUCAAAGUGCUAAUAGAAAAAGAUUGCUUGGAGGAGCAUCGUGCCCUCAUGCUCAAGGCAGCCCAAGGCUUACCUGAGAGAGUUUAUAUGCACAUUGACAGCAAUUUUAGAACUUUGUCCAAAACAAUCAUUGGCAUAGCAAAUGGAUUAAAUCACAGUCGAGAGUCACGGGAUAUAUUCAUUGACCUGUAUGAAAAGUUAAUUGAGCCAUGUCUGCAAAAUCAGUGGAGUUUCUCAGACUUGCAAAUGGUUUUGACUGCCUACAAAGAUACAGCACUGCAAAUGGAUUGUUUCCUUAGAGUUUCUCAUCUUCAGACUGUUUGGGAACGCUACAUGGGCACUCUUAUAAAUUGUGUUCUGCAGAUGUAUCCUAGGAGCUGAUGAACUGCACAUAAUAAAUACAGUAAUAAUGAAUAAAUGCUCUUCUGAUUCCUCCAUCUACUGUUUCCUAAAAGAAGAAUAACUCAAAAAAAGAGGAAUUAUGUGAUUUGCCUAGACAGGACAUGGGCAAGUCACCUGCUCUUGUUUUGAUGGGAGGAUCAGCAUGUGUUUUCACAUGAGCUCUUUGCAUAACAACUGGAUGUCUGCAACAAACCUAAAGCUAUGCAUGUAUGCAUUAUGUGUUUUCUGGUCACCAACUUAUGGCCUGAUCUUUAUGGGAUUAGUGACUUUUAGAUGUUGAACUUAGCAUUUAUCAAAAGAUGAAAGAGAAACAGAUUAUGUAAGAUAGCUAGCACAAAGAUUGAUUCUAUAAAACACUGAAGUCUUCACUCAUAUAUGCAGGAUACACCACUUUUUCUUCCACUGUUAUGAGAGUUUUUCAGAUGCCAUCUAAGACAAUUGAUAAUGCACAGUUUUAAAAUUAGCAUUCAUUUUGUGUGUGUGUGUUUAUCUGGUCCUACUGUUUUGUGCUCAGGUAAACUUCCUGAAUGUGGACAUACUUUCAAAUGCAUACCAGUUCUUCACUGUAUGUCUGUCAGGAGUUUGAUUUUUGACAUGACUGUAUUAAGCUUUCAGUUUCCCAUGCCACCAAGUUUUUGGUUUGUUUAACUGAGUGCCCUUUGUGGUCUUUGAUAAAAAUAAAACCAGUUUUGUGUACUAUCAGUUUUAAUAUCUUCACAACUUCUGUAAGGUCUGAUUCUUAGAAUAUGAUCAGACAAGGGAUUAGAUCAUGAGAUAUAAAUGGGAAGAGAUCUUGAGAUUAAGUCCAGGGCUUCUGCUUACGCAAAAAAUUGCGUACAGUACGCAUUAAAAGUUCGGAGGACCCCUUCAAUUUUUGUCAAUGGGGUCCCAUUCAAAUUUGGGCAAAGAACAGGGACCCCUUAAAAAUCUGAAGAAGGGGUCCCUGGGACCCCAAAGAAUUUAGCCUUAGCAGAAGCCCUGCUUUAAGUAAAACAGUGUGUUCUUUCUGAGUCUUUUUUUAAAACUCUAGUAAGGCAUGAUAUUCCUUGUGUAUUACUGGAUGUGUACAUUCCAGCCAGAUAUUUGUAGUGUUCAUAUUGUUUGUUUCCUUGGCCAUGAUUUCAUCACAGAGUUUAUAUUUGAGAAGUCUUCUAUCCUAUUCUAUCAUAUUAAUAUCCUAUUAAUGUUCUAAUAUAUUUUAACUAAAUUAAAAAUAACAUAAAA